AUGACCCGAAAAAGUAAUUAUAAUUACUUGGACGAGGAUAAUAUAGAAGAUGAAUCUCCAAUUGGAUUAGGCACUUCACCAAUUGAAUUUAAUUUAGAUAAAGAAAAUAAAAAUAAAAAAAGGAAUUCUGUAAAAUUUAAUUUAGAUACACCUCUACCAAUAAUAAAUAAUAAAUCAAGUCAAGAUAAUAAUAAUAAAAAUAAUAAUAAUAAUAAUAAUAAUAAUAAUAAUAAUAAUAAUAAUAAUAAUAAUAAUAAUAAUAAUAAUAAUAAUAAUAAAAAUAAUAAAAAUAAAAUAAAUAAUAGUUUAAAUUCAAUUACACCAUAUUUAGUUGAUUAUAAAGAUGAUUUUGAUUUUAAAAGAUCAGUAUAUGAUUUUGAUGAUGUAGAUUACUUGGAAGAGGAUAGUUUUGAUGAGCAUUCAUUCUAUAAAACAAGUUAUUCAACAAGAAGAUGUAUCUAUAGAAUACUAACAUAUAUUAGACCACAAAUUUGGUAUUUCGUAUUUGCAUUUUUAGCGCUUUCAAUAACAACUUUAUGUCAAUUAGCAUUACCUUAUUGUUUUGCAAAUGGUAUUCAAGAAGCAAUAAGAGUUAAUUUAACAGUAAACAGUGUAAAUAGUACAGAUAAUAAUAUAAUAAUAACACCAACACCAACACCAAAUAUAACAACAACAACAACAAAUCCAACAGUUUUAGAAUCAAUAACAUCAAAAUAUACAUCACUUUUUGGUAAUACGGAAUAUGAUUUUAAAUGGAUUAUCAUUAUAGUAUUAGUUCAAACACCAUUUUUAUUUGCACGUUAUUUAUUAUUUACAAUGGCAGGUUUUAGUGUUGUUACAAAAUUAAAACGUGAUUUAUUUAAAUCUUUAUUAACUCAAGAAGUUUCAUAUUUUGAUUCAAAUAGAACUGGUGAUUUAAAAGCUGUAAUUGCUUCUGAUUCUUCAAUUUUACAAAAUUGUAUAACAGUAUCAUUAUCAACAUUAGUUAGAUGUUCAUUACAAUUAAUUGGUGGAUUAUUAAUUUUAGUAUUUUUAUCAUGGAAAGUUACAUUAUUGAUGAUAUCAUUUUUAGUUAUAUUAUUAAUAUCAUUUUUGGUAUUUAAGAAAUGGAUUCAUCCAAAGUAUAAUUAUAUUCAAGAAAAGUUAGUUAAUAUUGGAUUGAUUAUAGAUGAUUCAAUUGGUAAUAUUAAAGAGAUUAGAUUAUUGAAUGCUGAAAGUAAAGAAUUAAGAAGUUUUGAAACGGAAUUAGAAAUAUUACAUCGUAGUUCACGUUCAUUCGUUUUAAUGAAUGCAUUUUGGAUUUCAUUUGGUAGUUUAUUAGUUAUGGGUACAAUCAUUGGAAUUUAUGGUUUUGCAAUGUCACAAACUCUAUCAAAUUCAAUACUACUCUUACAAUUCAUUCUAUAUUCAUUAAUGAUCACUGCCUCUAUGAAUGGUUUAAUCGGUUCAAUUAAUGAAAUUCAAAAAUUAAUUUCAUCAUCUAAAAGAAUUUUCUCAUUAAUUGAUCGUAAACCAAUAGUUCAUUUUCAAGGUGGUAUAACUCCAUCAACUGAUUCAAAUAUUUCAUUUGAUAAUGUUUAUUUUAAUAAUAAUAAUAAUAAUAGUAAUAAUAAUAAUAAUAAUAAUAAUAAUAAUAAAAAUAAUAAUGGUAUGAUAUUAUCAAAUGUUUCAUUUAUAGUUAAUAAAGGUCAAUGGUUAUCAUUGGUUGGGCCAUCACAAUCAAAAGAAUUUAUUUUUUCAUUAAUUCAAGGUUUAUAUUAUCCAACUCGUGGUACUGUUUUCAUUGGUAGAAUUGAUACAAAAGUUUUGGAUUUAUAUUUCUUUAGAAGCCGUUUAUUCACAAUUUCACCACUACAAACUGUAAUUUUCGAUGGUACCGUGGAACAAAAUAUUAGAUAUGGUUUAUCACAUCUUUCAACUCAAAAUAUAAUUGAUGCAUCAAAGAAAGCAAAUCUUCAUGAUUUUGUAAUUGGUUUACCACAUGGUUAUGAUUCAAUGAUUGGUAAAAAUAAUUUCUUUGAUCCAAUUCAAAUUUUAAAAAUUUCAAUUGCAAGAGCAUUUUUAAGAAAUCCAUCAGUUUUAUUAUUAGAUGAAACUACAUUACCAUUUGAUUCAAAAGAAAUUGAAGAUUCAAUUGAAUUAUUGGUUCAAAAUAAAACUGUAAUUGCAAUUGCAAAUAAAUUGUCAACAUUAAAAAGAUCAAAUAAUAUUUUAGUAUUUGAUGAUAAUAGAAUUAUUGAAAGAGGCACACACUCUGAGUUAUCACAAAAAUCAACAAGUUUUUAUGUUACAUCAGUUUUAAAUAGUAUAAAUAAUAAAUAUAAUAAUAAUAAUAAUAAUAAUAAUAAUAAUAAUAAUAAUAAUAAUAAUAAUAAUAAUAAUAAUAAUAAUAAUAAUAAUAAUAAUAAUAAUAAUAAUAAUAAUAAUAAUAUUAAUAAUAAUAAUAAAAUCGAAAUCUAUUUAUUUUUAAUUUAA